GGACCUGAGUGAAAAUGGCAUCCAGGCCAUCCCAAGGAGAGCGUUCAGAGGAGCUGCGGACCUGAAAAACCUUCAGCUGGAUAAAAACCACAUCAGCUGUAUCGAGGAGGGGGCGUUCAGAGCUCUGCGAUCUCUGGAGGUUCUCACGUUGAACAACAACAACAUCAGCAGCAUCCCAGUCUCCAGUUUCAACCACAUGCCGAAGCUCCGCACCUUUCGUCUCCACUCCAACUCUCUGCGUUGCGACUGUCACCUGGCCUGGUUGUCUCCAUGGCUGCGGCAGCGGCCGGCGUUGGGCCUCUACACCCAGUGCAGCUCCCCCCCCACGCUGAGGGGCCUCAACCUCGCCGAGCUGCGCAAGAGUGACUUCGCCUGCUCGGGCCACGGCGGCGGCAGCGCCUUCGUCCAGCCGUGCAGCCUGGCGUCCGGCUCCUGUCCUCCGAUGUGUUCCUGCAGCAACAACAUCGUGGACUGUCGAGGGAGGGGCCUCACCGCCAUCCCCGCCCACCUCCCCGAGGCCAUGACGGAGAUUCGUCUGGAGCAGAACGGCAUCAAGUCAGUUCCUCCCGGCGCCUUCACCUCCUACAAGAAACUCAGACGAAUAGACCUGAGUAACAACCAGAUUUCUGAAAUCGCUCCAGAUGCUUUCCACGGCCUCCGAGCGCUCAACUCACUGGUUCUGUACGGUAACAAGAUCACGGAGCUGCCCGGCGGAGUGUUCGAUGGUCUGUCCUCACUGGAGCUGCUGUUACUGAACGCAAACAAGAUCCACUGCAUCCGAGCCACCGUGUUUAAGGACCUGGAGAAUCUGGCUCUACUGUCGCUGUACGACAACAAGAUCCAGAGUCUGGCUAAAGGCACCUUCAGCUCCCUGCACAGCAUCCAGACCCUCCACCUGGCCCAGAACCCCUUUGUGUGCGACUGUAACGUGAAGUGGUUGGCCGACUUCCUGCGUUCGAAUCCCAUAGAGACCAGCGGGGCCCGCUGUGCCAGCCCACGCCGCCUCGCCAACAAACGCAUCGCACAGAUCAAGAGCAACAAGUUCCGAUGCUCCGCCAAAGAGCAGUACCACAUCCCAGGCACUGAGGACAGACGUCAGAGCUACGAGUGUAACAGUAAGCCGGUGUGUCCCGCCAAGUGUCGCUGUGAAGCAAACGUGGUCGACUGCUCCAACCUCCGCCUCACCAAGUUCCCUGAGCACCUGCCGUCCUCCACCGAAGAGCUGCGUCUCAACAACAACGACCUCUCCGUGCUGGAGGCCACCGGCGCCUUCAAGGGCCUGACGCAGCUCAAGAAAAUUAACUUGAGCAACAACAAGAUCUCAGACAUUGAGGACGGAGCGUUUGACGGCGCGUCCUCGGCGGUGGAGCUUCACCUCACAGCCAAUCACCUGGAGUCUGUGAGAGGGAGCAUGUUCAGAGGGGUGGAGGGACUCCGCAUGCUCAUGCUGAGGAACAACAGGAUCAGCUGUAUCCAUAACGGCAGCUUCACAGGUCUCGCAAACGUCCGGCUUCUCUCCCUCUACGACAACCAGCUGAGCACCAUCCUGCCCGGGGCCUUCGACACGCUGCCCAACCUGUCCACGCUGAACCUCCUGGCCAAUCCGUUCAACUGCAACUGCCGUCUGUCCUGGUUCGGGGCCUGGCUGCGGAGCAGGAGAAUCGUGACGGGGAAUCCUCGCUGCCAGGGCCCCGCCUUCCUCCGGGAGAUCCCCCUGCAGGACGUAGCUGUGCCCGACUUCCGCUGUGAAGAUGGCUCGGUGCUGGACGACAGCAGCUGUUCCCCGGGGCCUCAGUGCCCGACCCAGUGUACCUGCCUGGACACGGUGGUCCGCUGCAGCAACAAACACCUACAGGGUCUCCCCAGGGGGCUGCCCCGCAACGUCACCGAACUGUAUCUGGAUGGAAACCAGUUCACCAGUGUUCCUCAAGACUUGGCCUCCUUCAAAUACCUGCAGCUCGUCUCUCUCCAUGGCAACGACAUCUCGGAGCUGCAGCAGGGCAUCUUCAGCGACGUGGCCUCCCUGUCUCACCUAGCGAUCGGAGCCAACCCUCUGUACUGUGACUGCCGCCUGCUCUGGCUCUCAGACUGGGUGAAGAGCGGCUACAAGGAGCCCGGUAUCGCCCGCUGUGCCGGCCCCCGGGACAUGGAGGGCAAACUGCUGCUCACCACGCCCGCCGACAAGUUCCAGUGUCUGGGUCCAGUGGAGGCGUCUGUUCAGGCCAAAUGCAGCCCGUGUGUGUCGUCCCCCUGCCAGAACCAGGGCGUCUGCCAAGUCCACCACACACAACCGUACACCUGCACCUGCACGACUGGAUUCACGGGUGAACACUGUGAGACACCAGUUGAUGCUUGCUUCAGUAAUCCCUGCACCAACGGAGGAACCUGUCUGAGCGACGAGCAGACGAGAGGCUUCAGCUGCGCGUGUGCGUUUGGUUUCCACGGCACGUUCUGCGAGGUGAACGUGGAUGACUGUCAGGACCACGGAUGCGAGAACGGCGCCACCUGCGUGGACGGAGUUGGGAACUACACGUGCUUGUGUUCUCCAAACUACACAGGUCUGUUCUGUGAAGAGGUGGAGGGGGUGUGUUCUCCAGGUAGAAACCCCUGUCAGCAUCAGUCUACCUGCAUCAGCGCUCCCACAGGCCCCAGGUGUGUGUGUAUCCCCGGCUGGGUGGGUCCCGACUGCAGUAUAGAUUAUAAUGAGUGUGUGGAUCACCGCUGUCAGAACGGAGCUCAGUGCGUCGACCAUCUGGACGGUUACAGCUGCGUCUGUCCUCAGGGAUACAGUGGACAGUUCUGCGAGGCGGCCCUUGUUCCCCCGUCACCGUGCCAGCUGGCUCAGUGUCAGAACGGCGCCCCCUGCGUGGAGAGGACGGACACGGUGGAGUGCCAGUGUCUGCCAGGCUUCGAGGGUCAGAGCUGUGAGAAGCUGGUCAGCGUCAACUUCGUGGACAGAGACUCGUAUGUUGAGCUUCAAGACGUCAAGAACUGGCCCCAGGCCAACAUCACCCUGCAGGUGUCGACAGCAGAGGACAACGGUAUCCUGCUCUAUAACGGAGACAAUGAACCAAUCGCUGUCGAGCUUCAUCAGGGUCAUGUCAGGGUCACGUAUGAUCCCGGCAACCAGCCUGCGACCACUAUUUACAGCACCGAGACGGUAAACGACGGGCGUUUCCACACAGUGGAGCUGGUGACCUUUAACCGGAUGGUGAACUUGUCUGUGGACGGAGGAGAGCCGACGACCUUGGACAGUCAGGGGCGGAGCCAGCUGGUGACGGGGGAGGCUCCUCUGUAUGUGGGAGGGAUGCCGGAGGAGGUGAUGCCCGCCUCUCUGGGUCUGUCCUCUCAGACCCUCAACACGUCCAGCUUCCACGGAUGCAUCAGGAAUCUUUACAUCAACCACGAGCUGCAGGAUUUCACCCGCGGCCACAUGAAGCCGGGCGUGGUCCCGGGCUGUCAGGCCUGCCGCAAACUCUACUGCCUCCACGGCGUCUGCCGACCCGACGCCGCGCAGGGCCCUCAGUGUCACUGUCAGACCGGCUGGACGGGACAGCACUGUGACCAGCCAAUGGCAGGAGCCCUUACUGGACUGGACGUCGUCACGACGACAACCAGUGUCGACCCGUGUGAAGGAAACAAGUGCGUGAACGGCGCGUGCGCGGCGUUGGACGCGCAAACAUACCGCUGCGACUGCAAGGAGGGAUAUCACGGAGCGCUGUGCAACCUGCAGGGGGAGCCGGCGGGCUCCUGUCAGGGUGUGCAGUGUCUGCACGGACAAUGUCAGGAGACAGAGGGAGGAGAGCGCUGCGUCUGCCAGCAGGGAUUCACCGGACAGAGCUGCGACAUAG